CGUAAGCGAGGAAACGGAUAUACGCAACGUAGCGGAAGAAAAUGUACACAAUGGCAAUUUGUAAAUCAAUUAAGUUAUGAAAAAAGAGCAUUAAUUGCCUUUCUUUGUGGUGGAUGUGUUACGGAAUGGCGGACUGAGAGCAGUAGAGCCCCGUCAGACGCCGCUGUUUUGCCUCGACGGGAACCGUUAUUUAACGAGUCAGGCAGAAAGAGCAGGAUACUGUGGAGAAUGAGUUGAUUGUUUUCGAGGGAAUCCAGAGGAGGUUGCGAAUAAAAAGGCUAACUGGAAGAUGCCAAGAAGAAAACAACAGAAUCCACAACCAGUCAAGUUGGAUUCUGAAGAUGGUUUAGGCACUGUACGUCCAGCAAGCCUUACCUUUGAGAGCGACUUUCUCCUGGGACAAGAACUCGAGUUUUCAGAUCCUGACAAUGACAACAAGAUCAUAGGCCUUGAAAAGUUCUCAGCUGACAUCAGUUUGCCUGGCUUCCCCCUGGGAGACGAGGAAAGCUCCCCCUUCAGCCGCCUCAGUAUGGAGAGUGACGCUGAAGACCUGCGUGCGACCGAAAGCGAGCGUGACGAGAGGGUUUCUCAGUCUGCCUUUCCCUCUUACCUCUCUUGCAGGGGUUGUGGUCAGCUCCUGGAAGACCCCCUGGGACCAGGCAUGGACUUGGUGGGGCCCUUCUGCAUGCGCUGCUGUAAAGGGAAUGCGGAUGGCGUUGCGGACAGGAAGCUCUGCUCAGGCUUAGGUUUACAAGCGGAGUCUAGAGGGGGAGGGAAUGAGGGCGCUGCUGGCGAGGAUGGUUCCCUGAAGCUCCACUCAUGCACGCUCUGUGGUUUCACGUCACGCUACACCAAUCAUGUUAAGAGGCAUAUGAAGACACACAACGGCGAAAAGCCGUACAGGUGUCUGCUGUGCUCCUACGCUUCAGCACAACUAGUGAACCUUCAAAGGCACUUGCGCAUACACACUGGGGAAAAGCCCUACAAGUGCAACCACUGCACGUUUGCAUGCAGUUCCUUAGGGAACCUGAAGAGGCACCAGCGCAUGCAUGCGGCUGUAAGCCCGGGUCAGAGUGCCCCUCAGCCAGUAAGUGGCAAUGGUUUAAACCACACUACCCCGAGUCAGAAGGAAAAGGAAGCGGCUCCUGUCCCCACCGAAGUUGCAGGUGCUGUGCAGUCGGGACCCCACGUGGGAAGGGAUGGGAGCUACUUGCACACCUUUGAUGGCUUGAGGCUUCCACAGCAGUCAUCGGCAGGGGUGUUGCAGUCAGGACAGGCUGCUUCUGAACCUGCCACCCUACCCCCCAUGUUCUUCCCCUUCACUUGUCGGCUGUGCGGUAUGGCCCUGGAUGACGAGGAUGGAUCCUCGGCCCAGAUAUGUGCAAAGUGCACCCUGGAAAUGUUAACUAAGGACACAUCCGGAUGCCCUGCUGAGCGAGGGGACAAAGUCUACACCUGUGCUGCCUGCCCUUUCAUCACCCACUACCCGAACCACCUGGCCCGCCACAUGAAGACCCACAGUGGAGAGAAGCCAUACAAGUGCCCGCAGUGCGACUACGCCUCCGCCCACUUCGACAACCUCAAACGGCACCAUCGAGUACACACUGGUGAGAAACCCUACAAGUGCCACCUGUGUGACUAUGCCUGCGGCAACCUGGCUAAUCUCAAGAGGCACCAGCGGGUGCAUUCAGGCGCCAAACCCUUUCAGUGCGCAAUCUGCAACUACAGCUGCAACCAGAGUAUGAACCUAAAGCGGCAUAUGUUACGCCACACAGGUGAGAAGCCCCAUAAGUGCCAAGAGUGUGGCUACACCACUGGCCACUGGGACAACUACAAACGACAUCAGAAGAAGCACAGCCUGACUACAGAUGGCUGGGUUAAAGUGCAGAUGCCUGGAAACGAGGAAGAAGUGGAGGACGAGGAAGAGGUGUAGCCUCUUAUUGCAAGACAGUUGUCCAUAUGAGAUUUUACUGUUACAGCAUAAGUUUUGUUGGUUGUUUCUUCUUUUUCUUUGUGCCCAGAGUCAUAAUUUUAGACAUUUCUUGGAAUUAUCCACGAGCUGCUACAUGAAGUCAUGCAUAAAUUAAAAGACAGUAACCUGAA